UGUUCACCUGUUCACUGCGACAACAGACAAAGAAAUCAUUCGAACUAGUGACGAGAGACAUUCAGAUUGUUACGAUGUUUCUUUUAUGUCGGUUUGUAUUUUGUUUCAUUUUGUCACUCAUUUUUGCUGUCAGACCUGUCAAGGGAAACUCAGGAUAUGCUGUUCAGUGGUACUUUGGAUUCAGGAACUAUAGCUCACUGGACUUCCUCCAAUGUCAGGAAACUGAGCUUCCCUUAUGUUCCAAGCUGUGUUUCAGUGAAGGAUGCUUCUCCUCUGAGUAUGUCCCUUCUGGGAAUGAGACGGGCUGCUUGGCAGUGCACAGCAGCAGAGGGCCUUCUGUUCAUGAUGCCACUGUUGCUGCUUUGACUGACAGGGUGCAGAUUGGGAAGCCCCUCCUCCUGGAAGUCUCAGGCAUACUAAAUCAGAGCAAAGAAAACUUUUCUAUGGAUCUCAUAACAUUUCGAGGGAACUCUGGUCCUCAGGGUCUGCAUAAUAUAUCUGUUAUGGCCGACGGAUACUUCACCUGUUACAUUGAUGUGAUAUUACAUGCUGCUGGAGUGUACUGUUUAAAUGUGACCGUGACGAACAGUAUCUACACUCAUUCUGCUGGCUGGAAGAUUAGAGCAUGUCCCUUUGGGACUGAGUACUUGAAUCUCAUGUUGUCCAAGAGAUAUCAGGAUAUCCCAUCUUGUGCCCCGCUGCCCACAGAUGCAGAGGACAAGCAGCAGGGUAAAGCCUCAACAGAAUCCAUAGACAGUCACAGGAAAGCUGUUUGGAUCUUUUCUGACAAACGGGCAUAUGCAUCAGAAACCGACAUUCAAUUCGUAGCAGUAACAGAAGAGCCCGAUCCUCUAGACUUUCAUUGGAGAUUUGGGGAUGGAGCAGAAAUAAAAACAACAUCCAGAAUCUACAAAAAGAGAUAUCGCUUACCAGACAUAUACAGUGUCACUGUCAGCGUGUCUAAUGGUCUCACAUCCAUCAGCUCAGAUGUUUAUCCGCUGGUGAUUCAGAGAGCUGUGCAGCCCAACAGGCUUCUGUAUAGUCCCUCAGUUUUAUCGCACAGCUCUGUGAACUUCACCUGCCGGAUCAGCGCAGGGACUGAUGUCUCGUACGUCUGGAAUUUUGGCGAUGGAACAGAACGAGACGGAUCAAGCACUGAGCAUCAUGUCUACAACAGAACUGGAGAAUACAUAGUAGAAGUUAUUAUUUCCAACCUGGUGAGCUCAGCCUCUUUAACAGGACACAUCUUUGUCGUUGAAGAAUUAUGUCAGCCUCCUCCCGUGAAAAAUAUGGGCCCAAAUAAAAUACAGGUGUGGCGGUAUCAAACUAUCCAUCUUGCUGUAACGUUUGAGGCACAGAUUCAGUGCAAUGUUUCCAGAGGCCUGCUGUAUAGAUGGACUAUAUAUGAUAUGAGCGGACGGCAACUGCUCUACCCACACAUAGACAGGGGACAGCAGUAUAUUGAUCUUCCAAAAUACCUCUUUCAUUAUGGAACAUAUAAAGCUAUAGCAAAGGUCCAAGUAAGCGGUAGUGUGGUGUACAGCAACUACAGUGUCUUAAUUGAAGUGGUUCCCAGUCGUCCUGUCAGUGUCAUCAGCGAAGCCACAAAUAUUUUCCUCAAUCGUCAGAGCCGCACCAUCGUCACUCUUGAUGGACGAAAAUCACAUGACCCAGAUUACCCUAAUAAUACUAUAAGUUACAGCUGGUCGUGCAAGCCAGUGAACACAGAAGAGAGCAGCUGUUUCAACAGGAACAUCGUGACCACUUCAGCAGUACUGACAUUUCCCGCUCUUUCCUUGAAACCUGAUUUUGAUCUGCUAAAAUUUACUCUGACCGUGUACAGUGGCCAUCAAUCUUCCUCAUCUGAGAUGUUCAUCACUGUAACAUCAAAACCUGUCAGCAACAUUCAGAUGUCUUGUGAACAUUUCCAUGAAAAUUCAGUGAACUGGAAUGAGCAGUUUUCUGUUUCUGCUCUCUGUGAUGCUUGUGGUGUUAAUGCAAAAGAUGUGAGAUAUUAUUGGAAACUUUACCUGGUUAAUUCCUCAAGCAAAGCUGUACCAGAAAUUCCCUUCUGCAGCAGUAUGGAUCUCGGUUUGCCCUCCAAAAUGGAGGAGAGCUUACAUUUCUCCCAGCCUGCUGUGACACCCUACACUCCAGCCCAUUUUACUGAGCUUUCCGUUCCAGUAUCUCUGGCUCCUUAUCUUUUAUCUGAUGAUAUUACAGCCCAGGUUACACAAGAUACUCAGACUUCAGUAAUACAUAGAAAACACCAUGAUAUUAGUGCAGACACUCUGAUUGAAAACCCCAGCACAAACACAAACCACCAUGCAGCAUCUCCGACUAUCAUAUCUUCACACCUCCCCUUCCUUCCAUCCUUCCCCGGGGAAACAGAGUCCUCCGGGAGUCAGUGGCAGUAUCAGGGGUCUUUCCCAACCUCAGAUAAGGUUUCACUGACAGAUAUGACCUCAGAUUUUCAUCCUGAGGACAUGAUUUACACAGACGUUUAUCAGGAGUCGAUAUCAGGCGAUCAUCUCUCCCUGCCAGAGUAUGAUUACUAUAAUUUUGGAAUUGAAGAGGCUGAUCCUGGUGUCCCAGUUGGCAGACCUAUUGGGACCAAUUCAUUGGGCUUUAGUUGGAACGUAUCAUUCCCUCACUCUUAUGAGGAUGAGGGUGAUAAUCUGGUGGACCCCAGCCUGCAUGACCCGGCGCUGUUUGAGAAGACCCUGCUAGAUCUGCACAGACAGCUCAUCCAUCCCUCUGUGUUUGAGUCUUACUCUCUCACAGGAUUAUCCUCUCCGGUUGUCACAUUUAAACCCUUCAUGCUUAAACCAAAGAGUCUUUAUUUGCUUGAAGUGUCUGCAAUUUCCGAGGAGCGGCUGCAAGGGAAAAGCCAGCUGUUCUUCCGAACUCAAGCUGUUCCUGAAGGAAUGAGCUGCCAAGUGCAGCCCAGCACAGGCUAUGAAAUUCACACAUACUUCAGCAUCUUCUGCUCCUCUGGAAGAGAGGAUCUCUUGUAUGAAUACAGUUUCAGAGUGGGCAACAGUCCCAGGACACUCCUUUACGAAGGCAGGGAUUUCCAACAUUACUUUAGUCUUCCCAGUGGAGAUCCUAAUGAUGAUUACAAAGUCACGAUCUUUAUAGAAAUAAAGAACAGAUUUGGAGCGACGACCGAACCAUGUUCUGUGAAAGUGACUGUUCUUCCAAGCUUUCAGAGAAACUCAUCCUCUCGGCUCACUCCUGAUCAAGAACUGUACAUGUAUGGAGUGGGUAACCUAACGGGUCUGAGUAAGAUCGGAAGCAGCAGAGACAUUAUCAACUACAUCUCUCUUUUGACAGCGGCGCUGAACCGCUUGAGUCUGGACACAGAUUCUUCUGUCGAGCUUCUGACGCUCACACGCACUUCCAUCAUUACAGCGGUCUGUCAGCUGCGCAGCACUGAGCAGGGAAUUUUAUAUGAAAUAAUUUACAGGCUUACCGAUCUGAUAAGAGUCUCCAGUCAAGUGACAUUUUACAGUGCCAAACAAGUAAUUCAGCAUGUUGAGGACAUCUCAUCCCUCUCACGUGAGUCCAAGCCUCCAGCAGGUCAUAUUGUGGACACUGGGAUGGUGCAAGCACUGGUAACUCUCCUGUCUGCUGUGCUGGAGGCUCCAGUGCUCUCCUCCAGACCAGGACACCAGCUCACAAACAAAGUGCUCUACACCAUCACUGAUUUAGUACUGGAGUGUUUGCUGUCCAGCAGUGUCUGGCAGUACAACGUGAACACCACGUUCAUGGAAGUGUUAGCCUGGAAGGAUGAGCGGUCUCAUUCUGCGGUGAAAACAUUUGGCCUCACUGCGUUCCACUUCACUGACUUUCUGGAGAUGCAAUUUCAGCAAUGGAGCAGAAACAGCCAGCACAAGCCCUGCGUCAUCACCUGGCUCACAGUGUACAGGCAGAGCCCAUACCGCUGGUCCAGACACGUGCAGCUCAGUGGAGAGACGGCAGAAAUUCGGCUCUACAACUGCACCACCAGGAAGGAAAUCAGAGUCCGACAUCUAUCCACACCAGUUACGAUUGAAUUUCAGAGGAAAGAGGAGACCAAUCAGAGUCCACACACACGGUUCACUCUUCUGCGCGGUCAGGUCAACUCUCAUCAGUUCAACAUCACGUCACCGAGCCUUCAGAGAGCACUUCAGGUCACUGUGCAGUUUAACAGGCCGGCUGAACGCCCCUUUCCCAUUCUGUUGCUGCUCAGGAUGUAUGAGCAGCCAACACCUAAUCUAUACAACAAACAGAACCUAUAUCUCUGGAAAGGACAGACGGCUCGCAUCUUCCUCCCUCAAUCCUAUUUACAUGCUGCUGGUUCUGUGUACCUGAGGCUUCUCAAUGCAGACUACAGUAAAAGUCCUAGCAACAAGUACAUCGCCAGAGCUGUGAACUACACACUUCGCAUCGAGUCCGUGGAGUGUUUGUCCUGGGAUGGUGUGAAAGAGUGGAAGCCCAGUGGCUGUUUUUCUCAUGGUGGAGAUUCCGCAGACCAGAUCUACUGCAGUUGCAACCACCUGGCAUCAUUUGCAGUAUCACAUGAGAACAUCAUGAGCAGCUUAAACUCUGCAGAUAUUUCACAGUUUAUCCACUCUGAAACCAACUACACACUGAUCAUUUUUUCCCUAAUAUCCCUGGCUCUCUAUGUGGUGGUGUUGGUCAUCUGUAGGAAGGCUGAUGUUUCUGUACAAAAAAUGACAGACUCAUUUCUGCUACCAGAAAACAAUCCCUCAGACCGCUUUCUCUAUGCUGUCACCAUAGACACAGGAUUGAGAUCUAGAACUAGAAUGACAGCAAAGGUCCAUAUAGUUCUGUAUGGAGAUAAAGGUGUCUCUCAAACCAGGGAACUCAGCAGCUCUGACUCCCAACUCUUUACAUGCAACUCAAGGAAUACCUUUAUUCUCAGUUUCCCAGAGAGUCUGGGUCGAGUAUGGAAGCUGCAUCUUUGGCAUGAUAAUGGAGGUUCAUCUCCCAGCUGGUAUCUGAGGCAUGUGGUGGUCAGAGACCUGGUGCAGGGGUCCUGCUGGUUCUUCCUGGGCCAGUGCUGGCUGGCAGUGGAUGAGGGAGAUGGAAGGGUGGAGAGGAGUUUAGUUGCUUCUGAAAACAGCCUGACAUUUAAACAGUUCCUGUAUUUGAAACUCACAGAAUACCUGAAGGACUUCCACCCGUGGCUGUCUGUCUACAGUCGUCCGUCUUUCAGCUCUCACACACACACUCAGCGUUGGAGUGUGUGCCUGCUGCUCCUGCAGGGCUACAUGUGUGUCAGCGCAGUGCUUGUAAAUCUUUUGGAAGAACAGUGUUUUGCAGAGAUGGGGCUUAUUGAUGUUUCACCGGUUUCCAUGAGAACAGGCCUGUGCAGUGCUCUGGCUGUGCUGCCGGUGGGGGGUCUGGUGUCCCUGGUGUUUCGUGUCAGUAAGACCACAUUCAGUAGUGUGUCCGGAGAGCAGUAUAAGGUCAAGGUGCCUGACGUCUACUCUGUCGAAGAUCACCACGAUGCACUUCUGAUAAAUGAUUGUGCACCGUAUUUGUCCUGGAAUACAGUUUCCCAGUGGACUCAAGGAUCACAGAAAACAGAGUACAAGGAUUGGGAAACCUCCGAUUCAGUGUCUGUGUCAAAACUGCAAGAGGACCCUGAUGCCAUCUUAGAGAUUGUAGAAGACCCCAUGUCUGAUGUCAACAGCAGAUCACAUGACAAAUGGAAGACGUCUGAUCUGAAAUCACACACCUCUGCAGGCAUCCAGGAGAACCGGCAGGUUUGUGGUGGUAGAAUCCAAAGUCUUCGAUCCUGGUGUUAUUAUCUGGGCUGGAGCCUCUGCUUGUCUGUUUCUCUGACGUCCUUCAUCGUCACAGGAACUCUUGGAGUAAAGUUUGACAGAACAAAGACUCUUCUUUGGGCUCAUUCUGUGUUCUUUUCUCUUGUCUGCUGUGGCUUUGUACUGCAUCCAGCGAUGAUCCUCAUAACUGCUAUCGCAGUGUCUCUGCUGCUUCGAAAGAAGCCAGACUGGUUUCACAGUCUAAGUGUAAAAGAGCCUGUCACUGAAUUACUGAGACACAAGCACCAAAAACUUGAGAAUGUCUUUGUUAGCAAAUACCAGCAGUCCCAUUUUGAAAAGAUGCUCGCUGGCCGUCAGAGAGCCAGGUAUUUGCGUCUGGUGCAGCCACCAAAUUCAAGAGAGCUGAAGUGUGUGAGAGGCCAGAUGAAGAAACAGACUCUCCUUCACAAAACCGCAAGGGAUUUGACGUUUCACCUAAUCAUGCUGUUGACAGUUCUGUUCGUGACCUAUGGAAAGUCUGACAAUGACAACAAGUACCAUUUGAAUCAAGCUAUUAAAUCUCAUUUCACAAAGGGUCUGCAAAAUUCAUUUCACUCCAUCCAAAAACUUGAUGAUUGGUGGAACUGGACAACCACCGUUUUCCUUGAGAGAUUAUAUGACAGUGCCAUCUGCCAUGAGAAAAGAGUAGAAAAUGAAACAGGAGAUUUCAGCAGUCCUUUUUCUCUAAUUGGGAGUCCAGUUAUAAAAAAGAUCAAGAGCACAUAUAACUCGUCAUGCCAGAUCUUGAAUUUAUUGGGCGAAAACAAUAUCAAAUGCUCUGAUAACCAGUCUGUGGAAAAGAGACACUCACUUUGUGGGAAACUUGGGUGUUAUGAGGGCGAAAGUGUGAGUGUGAGCCUUGGAAGAACAAGGUCCAAAGCAAACAAGUCAAUUAAAAAGCUACUGGAUACUGGCUGGGUGACUCCUUUCACCCAAAUUGUGAUGGUCCAGUUUAUCUUGUACAAUGGGCCCAGUAACCUCUUCACGGCCGUCACUAUUCUAGUAGAGCAAACCUCAACAGGAGCUCUGAUGCCCUCAGCAAGCACACAGUCCACUAGACUCUACCAUUUCCCAGCUGCCCUUGACUACAGUGUUAUGACCUGUGAGCUUCUUUUCCUUUUAUGCACCCUGCUUCAUAUGUAUCGGCAAAUAUAUGUUAUGACUCAAAGAGAAUGGCUUUACUGGAGAAAUCUCUGGAGCUGGCUUGAGGUGACAGUGUUCAUCUGCAGUCUUUUGCGGUUUAUCUGCUCUGUGUACAUCUUUAUGCUAAAAACAGAGAAGAUUGAUUUCCUGCAGAAGGAGAACUUUGAAUUACCUGUUGAUCUAAGCCCCAUCUUCUUUUGUGAGCAGCUUUCUCAAUCUCUCCUUGGGGUUGUGGUAAAUUUGCUUCUACUGAAAUGUGUGUCUUUUCUACGGCUAAACAAAACAAUGGCAGCAGCUGUGUGUACUUGGAAGCUGAUCUUCUCCAACCUGCUUUGGAUACUGGCACCUGGUGUUAUUGUCGCAGUGGCCCUCUCCGGUCUCCGUAACUUGAUCUUUCAUUCACUCCAGUUUAACAGUAUCACUAAAUCUGCUCUUUUGCUCUUCACUCGUUUCUUUUGCGUGAGAAACUUUGGUGACCUUUACCUCCAAUCCCAAGUCCCAACAACAGUUUAUUUUGGAGCUAUAUUCUGCACUAUGAUUCCAUUUAAUGCUACGGUAAUUGCCACCCUUACCUUUUUUGUGAAACAAAGAAAGAAAACUAAAAAAAGAAAACAUUUACUGACUGUCUUUGAGCUGAUGUCUUAUGUCAAAGACAAGGCUUUACUCAUUAUUGGCAAAGCCAGUCACAAGUCAAUUAACCAUCGUGUCCACGCUAAUAGGGUUUACUUAGCAGAGUUUGAGGAUGUCAUGGAUGAACUGUUGUUUCAUCUCUACACUAUGUCAGACAGUCUCCACAACACCCUGCCGGCAAAAGAAAAUCUAUUUGAAACCCAGACUAAUUUCUCUGUGCCGCUUUCUGGGCAUGUUUAUAGCUCAGACUCAGAGAGUGUACUUUUUGAUGGACUGGGUAAAAAACACUUAGGAUACCUAAAUAUCAGCAGUGCCUCAUAUAAGAAAAACACUCACAGAUCACCACUUGAACACAGAAUGUCUCAGUACUUACAAAGCAGAGGAAGAAUGCAGGAGGAGAGUUUCAGAAACUCCCUCAAAGAUCCGAUCAGAGAGUCAGAAGGGACUGGACAGGCCAAAAUUCUUUCUUCAAGCAAGCAGACCCAUUGUGCUCCAGCUGAAUGGAAGGACAAAGUGUACAUUAAAUCAUCAAUGCUGCCUGAUCCAAGCAGGUUGGCUGAUGAGCAUAAUUUUGCUAUCAAUACACAGAUCAUGAGUCAAAAGACGAGAAGGCACACUCUUCUAGCCUCAUCAGCUUGCAAAGUGAACAUGGGUCAUCAUACAGCACAUGGCAAGCGAGCUGGAGACUCACAUGUGUUUACUACAUCUUCCAUUGAGGGAAUGGACAAUUCUGUACAAGGGCAAACAAUUAUUCCAGGGUUCAUUGAACAAUGUAUGUAAUACAAAAAUACUGUUUCAUUCCAGAAGAGAAUUAGAUUUUCUAGCCACAUUCCCUCUGGAAUGGUUUUUAGAAUGGUCCUCAACAUUAGUUUAAAAACCUAUUUGAUCUGAUUAAAUAACCUCAAACGUGAUAUUUAAUUAGCAUGAAGUUACUGAAAUAUUAAUAGGACAUGUCUUAACAUGCUUGACAAAUUAGACUUUUUUUAUAUAUAGCAGUUUCAAAAUACUCAUUUGGGGUAUUAUUUGCAUUUGUGUGAAAAUGUAUGAGGUUGGCCCCUUCUGUUAUUUUGCAACUAAAAAUUAAAUAUUCCUUUGCCAAAAACUAUUUUAAUAAAUAAAGCUUUUUCUCAUUUGCCAUACUACU